AUGUAUAUCUCUCUCUCUCUCUCUAUAUCUCUCUAUAUAUAUAUCUAUAUCUAUCUCUAUAUAUCUAUAUCUAUCUCUAUAUCUAUCUAUCUAUCUAUCUAUCUAUCUAUCUUAAUAUCUCUCUCUCUACCUUUCUAUACAAAUUUCUAUCUAUCUAACUGGUCUAUCUAUCAGAAUCUAAUUCUAAUGACCCACUUUUGUUAUUGUCUUCCUUCUUUUUUUCGUUUCUUUAUUCUUUGUUUUCAUUUCCUCCUCUCCCUCCUCCUCCUUUUUGUUUACGUUGCCUUCUCAUUUUUGUUUACAUUGCCUUCUCCUCCUUUUUGUUUACGUUUUUCAUCCUUUGUUUUAUUUCCUCCUCCUUUUCGUUUCCUUUCAUUCCCCCUUCUUCCCUGUUUCCCUUUCCUCCUCCUCUGCAUUUGUUUCUUUUCCUCCUACUUUUGUUUUCUUUUCCUUUCUCCCCCCCCUCCGCGUUUGUUUUCGUUUCCUCAUCCUCCUUUCUUUAUCCUCCUUUCUUUAACUCUUUUUCUGUUCUCUCUCUCUCUGUCUACACUAGCUCUAUCCUCCUCUCUCUUUACGGGCUUUUUGUUUUGGCUGAAAUCUUUUUAG